AUGAAAGACCCAGAAUCUGCGAUCUUUGACAGCACAGCCUCGCGAGAUCCGGCGAAAUUAGGAUUUCGUGGGGACUUCAUAAUGUGCAUGAUCAUCAUCCUAUUCUUCUCUGGGCUUGUCGUCGGGCUUUGGUCGGAAAUGGGGUGCGGCUCUGUUUGCCUGCACUUCCUGCAGAGACACUUCGGCGUUGUUUUCAUCUGUGCUGCCGGAUCUGCCGUGAUACUGGUGCUGCUGUACUUGCUGGAUUUUUUCAUGCCUCCGCACAUUCCCGGCGAGUUUAUGGUUCUUUAUUCUGGAGAUUCAUGGAUAGGGCGCGGGCUGCUCACUGCUGCGCUGGCUCAGAUCCUUGUUGCUAUCCUCUUCCUUGCAGACAGGUUUCCCACAGCUCCGCUGGUUUUGACCAUCUUUCUCUGUCCGACGGGUCUGAUCUUAGUUCGCCAGCUCACGAAGCCGAAGCCUCGCUUUCACUUAAAUGCGAAAGGCCCCGCUUCCCAGGAGCAAAACCUCAAGGCAAGGCUUCGGAUGCUGAAGAUGGUCACUGGUGAGGAGAAAGAGCAGCGGAUCUUCUACAAAGCAGCGGCCAUCGCCUUUUUUGUCACUGCUUUGCUUUGUAUUAUUGUCUGGAUCCCUUGGGCGGUGACUACUUCCGUGCGCUUUGACGUCAGCACAGAUCCCGUCGAGCGAGAGAUGAACUUUGUGAGGUGGGCCACGCCGCUGAUCGUUGGCAUUUGCAACCUCAUCUUUGCCAGCUUUGCAGCUCUACGUGUGGCACUGGACAAAACCUAUCAAGGAACAGAUCAUAAUCGGGCACAGAUCAUCCUGAGCUCACGCAGUCACAUGAAUCGCGAGCUCAUGGAUUUCCGGAUCGCGAAGCUGCGAGUCCAGCUCGCCUCAGAGGACUCUGAUGUGGGAACGCAGCUGCAGCGGACCCGCGACCGUGCACAGCAGUAUUUGAUCCAGCACACUGCUCACAUGAGGCAGUUGUCCAACAUCGUUCAGACCGUUGGCUGUUGCUUCAUCGCCCUGCUGGGAGCCCUUUUCGUUGCCUUUCAGCUUUGGGCUGCUGACAGUCACAUCGCAGACAUGGUCCAGUGCUUCCUGGCCUUCUUUUUCUUGACCUUUCUUGCCUUCAUCUGCCUGUCUUUCAAUCGGAUCUGGCAAGCCAUGAGCGCGUGGCUCCAGGAUUUGCCCAUGUGGAAAUCGAUGUUGGGCAUUUGCGAAUCAAGCUGGGCGCGUGCUUUAUUUCUGGUUCUGAUGCUGCCGCUGUUCCCACUUGCGCCUCGGCAGUUGGAAUAG